AUGGAAAUUUUGUCUUCGAAAAUUCCUAAAAGCUAUAUGAGUAAAAAACCCGAGGAAGUUUUCUUACCAACUCUCUCAAGUACUCUUAAAAAAAUCUUUCCCGAUGCGCCUGAAAACGUAAUUACAAGAUACGAAAAACAACUCACCGAUGUGGAAGAACUAGACCCGAUUCUUGUAGUGACGCCAAACAACGCGUGGGUUGACCAAUAUGGUUGGCCCGCGUACAAUGAAGUGAUGAAUACCUUUGCUACUUAUGGCCUCACGGGAAAUAGAAGGGACAAAAGCUCCCGUUGCAUGUUCCAUUUCAAAGAACUUAGUGAUUUAUAUUGUGUACGUGAUGAAAUCCAAAGUAGAAACUUAGCACCAAAUGCGUUUAAUGCACAACCUAAUCUUCGUAUUGGUACGGCAUGGAUUUUAUUAAAAAUUGGAUCUUCAUCUAGCGACUAUGGUCAAGAUAAAAAAUUUUUUUUACUCGAAGAAUCAUUAUAA